AUGUCUCUCCAGACACAAUUUUGGUCUCUGAAACUCUCGUCAUCAUUUUGGUUUUCGAAGAGAGUUGUGAGACGCACGUCUCCUGGCUUCAAGUUGCUCUGGGAGCUUGAAAGCGGACAAAGAAGGGACUGGGAUAGAGCAAGGCAAGAUCUUUUGGAGCUGUUCGAAACUGGAAAAGCUUCUCCUCGAGAUAUUGAUCCCGACGGCCAGACUUGGCUAGAGAAAUUAUUGUACAUGCCUUGGUAUGACGGCAACGCGGAUAUCCAGCUCUCGUUAUUUCACAUGCUGGCUCGAAUGGGCACUCAAAUCAAUACACCAAGGUUACUUUACCAGUCUGCGAAGUGGGUUGACGAAGAGGACCGAUUGGAUUUACUUGGCGAUCUCCUACAUUUUGGAUUUGAUGCCUCUGAGAUCGAGGCCCCAUUAUUUUCACACUUGCCAAAACCUUGUCCGCCCAGCCUUUCCGUAACAGGUACAAAUAGUGACCCGUUCUUUAUUAAUUGGAUCUCGAAGAACUUGGAGGUCUCUCCUGGUAAGUUAGACGCUAUUCUUUCGAUGGAGAAACUACUCAAGAAAUUUAACGUCGAUGAUCAAGACAAUCUCCUGGGCUUAUCUACUUUGCACUUGGCCGUAUCUCGUCCACAACACCUUGGGAUUCUAUUAGAAUCAGGAGCCGACGUCAAUGCUAGAGAUCGCCAUGGGAUCACACCACUCAUGUAUGCAACCGCAAUAGGUGACUCCAAGGUGGCGAUACGCUUGUUGGAGGCCGGAGCAAAUCCAGAUCUAGAAGACACUUAUUGUGGGCGAAACUUUUUGCAUCACGCAGUACGUCGAUCUCACUGGGAUACAGUUCUGGAAAUUCUAAGCUACCUGCGCAAUUCUCCGAAGAUCUCAAAAGAUAUCCUUUGCAGAUGGCUGUCAUUUGGACUGCUUCUCUGGAUCGAAGGUCGUCAGAGCUGUAACAAGGAUCUAAAUCCCAUCCAGCGGCUUCUGGAAUGGGGUGCAGAUCCGAAUGUUAUACAUUACGAUAGUUACGGUCCCUCAUCCUACAGUCUUGCCCAUAGAGUUAGACACGCGGCGGAUAUGAAAAGCCUCAUCUCACAUGGAUUCAGCAAAUUCAAUCAUCUAGAUAUCGCUGGAGCUGACGCUCUAAUCUCGUUAUCUUACGACAAUGAUGGCCUCCCUGAUCCUGAACUUCUAGAAUUAUUGCUCGAUGGAGGGUGUGCUGUUAGCCACGAAAAUCACAAUGGACACACGUCGUUGCAUGUGAUCGCCCAGCAGCUUAGGGCAUUCCGGUAUAAUGAAAGUUGUUCACGGGCUCUUAAUUGCAUAAGAGUUCUUCUGAAUAGAGGGGCAGAUCCUUAUAUUGGUGAUCACUGUCAAUGCUAUUGCUCGCGGGGGCAAUCAGGCUGUACGCCAUCUCAUACCAUGUUGAAAGAGACCCAAAAGUCGAUUUUAAAUUGCAGAUACGAUAUCUGGGCUUUCGAGUAUAUUGAUAUAUUGAAAGAAACCCGUGGUCCGGAAACAGCAAAGAACUGCCUGAUGGAUAUGCUACGACUGCUUAAGUUCCAAGACUUAGACUUGACCCAUACCUGUUGUCGGGGUUCUCAUUUAGAUCGCAACUACUCAGGCCGUCGCAUUGAGGACGAGGAAGUCGAAGAAAUACAGGACGAGGAAAAGGAGUUGAUUGAAAUUCUAGAGCAGGAGAUGCGAGACGUUGAGAAGACUCUCGGGGAUGACACCGAAGAUCAGCUGCUAACUGCGGUUUCUCUCCUGCUCACCAGUGCCAAGUUGGGUAGUAAAUUUACAUUUCGCAGCUUCAGAGCCAACAGUUCCAAAGAGCGCUACCAGGUUGAUCACUGGAGAGAUCAAUUGGUUGAUCAUGGCUCUACCGGGCCUCUCCACGAUGUCCCUGAGACUAAAGAAGUGGAUACGAUAGGGCUUGAUGGAUAUAUUGAUUGGGUGGAAUACCAGCAUUCAAAAAACCGGAAACGGAACAAGGCAGAUGAUGAGUGGUACAAGAAACGACUCUCUUGGGUUUCAAGACUUCGAAAUAUGGAGGAGGCAGAAAUAGCCAGUCAGCAGGCAGCAAUACUGGAUCAGCCCAAGUUGUUGAUAACCAGCAUUUAA